UUGGAUUUUCUGGGAUUAGUCCUGGUGUUGCUAGCACUGGAGACGGAGCACUCGCCUUGGCUGCCUCCUCUAUUUUCCCUAAUUUCAGGCGUGGUGGAGCGCCGACUAUACCAGCUUUCGGAUCAGGUCAAUUCUGCACCCACUACAACCGCGCCAAUCACACCAUUCAACCUUGCUACAAACUCCACGGGUUUCCCGAAGGAUGGUCUCGUGGUGGUAGGCGUGGACGGGGUCGCGGGAAUACCAAAUCUCCACAUGGUGGCGGUGGACACGCUGGCGGUGUUGGUGGAGUUGUCCCAAAUGUCGCGGCUGCAAAUACCGUGA